UAUUUGUUGAGAUGGUGUUUAUUAGAGAAAAGAGAAGAGGAGGGGUGGUGAUUUCAGUACUAACAGCUUCUGUAUGUCUAUUAAUUUCUCCAGCUCUAAACAUGCUGCUGCUGCUCCUUCUGCUACUGUCGUCAGGUGAUGGCCAGGCUCAGCAAGUGUCUGGCCAGAGGAAGAAUGGCUCAUGUGUUUGUGCGGUGGACUCCAACCUGUGGACGUUCCCUGCUGUGAAGUUCGAGUCCGUGCUGCAGCAGGUUCAGUCCUGUGAAGGAUCUUUGAACAACCUGCAGGAACAGGUGACGUUAUCCAGCCAGCGUCUCCCUCAGAUCCAGGCCCUGGUUAAGAACAUGACGGCCCGGCUGGAGCCUCACCAGUACCUUCACGACCAGGGUCUGUACUCAGUCUUGUCUCUGCGCCUGCUGGGCCAGGAGCUCAGCCAGUUGGAGACAGAUGUUGGUGUCAUCCACAAGCAGCUAAACAACGGCCAAACACAGAAACUCUCCAAAGAGGUGGGUAAAUUGCGUGCAGAUGUAGACAAGAUGCAAAUGUCAAACACAUUAAACAUGAAGACAGUCAAAGAGAAACUGCGCUACCUGAAGAACACCGCUGAGUCCUGCAAGUCAAUCCCCAAAGACUUCAGAGGCCAGGACAGGUACUGCCUCAAGGGCCUGAUCACAAAUAUUAGCGAACCUGUCAUGACUAAGGUCAGUCCCUACGGUAAGAGCUACAUCUCUGGUUCGUGGGGCAAACAGGCCCAGAUGGACAGCGAGGGGCAGAAGAACAGCUACUGGGUCCAACCUCUGCUCAGCAGCCACAUCUGGGGCAACUCCCUGCGUGUUUACCAAACCUACGAAGACUUCAUGGCCUCUGCUAACAACAAGGACUUUACCUUUGCUCCAUCCCACAGUCACCCCAACAGCAUUGAGGGUCCCAGUGCUGUUCUAUAUGGUGAAGCGCUGUACUAUAACUGCUACCGCUCUGCAGACGUCUGUCGCUACGACCUGAAGAGCAACGCCGUCAAACGGGUGACACUUCCAGGCACCGGCGUGGGUUUCAACAACAAGUUCCCGUAUUGUUACUAUGAGUGCCGUGCCAAUAGUGAUGUGGAUGUGGAGGCAGACGAGACGGGACUAUGGGCAAUCUAUGCCACUGUCGGUAACCAUGGUAAUCUAGUGGUGAGUCGGCUAGUUUGGGACAGUGAGGCCGAGACACUAAAUGUCUCCCAGACGUGGGAGACGAGGCUGUUCAAGAAGGCAGUGAGCAAUGCUUUCAUGGUGUGCGGUGUGCUAUAUGCCACUCGAUUUGUGGACGAAUAUCGGGAGGAGGUGUUCUACGCCUUCGACACAGCAACAGGCAAAGACAACAACUCACUAGCACUGCCACUGGAGAAGGUAGCUAAAGGAGUGGCCAGCCUGAGCUAUAACCCCAUCAACAGACAGAUCUACAUGUACAACGAUGGAUAUCUGCUGGCCUACCAGGCCAACUUCUGAUCUGAAGCUGUUGUCCCCAUGUUAGCCAUUUUCAGAUAGAACUGACAAGAUAGAGAGCCAGACAAGAUCCAUCUUAAAGACUCCAUGUUAUGAUUUGUAUAAGGUGACCAAAUUUCUGAAAUGAAAACCCGGGACAUUUUUGGUUUGAUGGUCAGUAUGUCAUUAAAAAUAUGUUAUUCUGAAAUAAAAAAUAGGGACGAUUUCAGUUUUAUAAUCUGUCAAAUAUAACUCUUCAGAAUGAAAUCAAGUCAUUUUGAGGCAGAAACUACCUUUCAGUCAAUAAGUAGAGGCUUCAAUUACUUUCUGUCAAGUAGAAUAAUGCAUUUUAUCUGUGUGUUUGGCCAUUUAAAGGUAAAACCGGAUUGGUUGGUACACAGCAAGUUAAAUAAUGUAGAGUCAUAAGGAUAAUUGCAAAAGAGAUCUUGUCUUAAUUUUAUAUAUAACUCAGCAGUAAGUCAUGUCAAUUAUAGGCUACAUUUGUUUUCCAAAUAUAAACAAGGAUAUUAGACAUAGGCCUGCCAAACACAUAAUCUAUCGGCAACAACAGGCUUCAAUUAUUGCCUAUAAUCACGUAAAUGUCAUGCUUGGUUACGAUAAACUGCAAACACUUAUUUGGCCACAAUUGUGAUUAUCCUGUUAAAAGCAAUGUUAAAAGUAGGCCUAUCAUAAUGACAUAUCUUUGCUAUUACCGCGGACAUAAAGUGAUGUUUAUUUGCACGUUAUGUCUGUUUGAUCCAGAUAAAAGCAGCUGCAGCUGCGCGUGUUCCCACGGAUCAGUUUUCAGUGAUCACUUUUUGGCACGACACCUGUACACUCUGCUGUCCAGUCUUUCUGGCCACGUAAAUCUGAUUUCAGGUCUGUUAACACCUUAUACAGUCUAUGUACAACACAGUUAAAAACUGGGACAUUUCCGGGGACAGCUCCAGACGGGGACAGGCCACCAAAGUUUUGUAGAGCAUAUUACAAACUUUAUGUUGUAGCAAAUGUAUGUCAUGUAGAAACACUGACUGGAAUAAAGGUGAAAAUCAAUAAA